AUGGCGUUAUCAACCAACAACACUCGCCAGAGAACCGCUGACGUGUAUAAUACCAAGAGUUUGCACGAAAGUUCGAACCCGUUUUCCGCAACGGCCAACAAGUUUUGGCUAAAAUCUACGAAGGUCAAAAUCACAGCAGAAGUCCUCAAAGCCAACAUCUGGGACUUUUUGGAGAAAGAAGAUUUUGCAUUUAAAUUUUUGUUAGAUUUGGAGAACCUACAAAUUCUCGAGGAUUAUUUAUGGCCAGGAUUCACAGAAGAUGCUUCAAAUAUCCAUGUACUUCUUAUCGUCCUACUAUCAAAUGUCAGAGCCAGAGAACAUCUACCAGUUUGGGACACCUUUUACGAUAAGAAGUCUGAUUUCUCAUCUUUAUUUCGAAGAAUAAUUUCACUGAGCUUAGAUACUUCUUUAUCUUCUACAGUUAGAAUCCAUGUUUUAUCAUUUAUUAUUAAUUCUUUCCAAUCCCUGGAACGUGAAAUUGUCCGGAAAGAAUGUGCUCCUUUGGUUUCGAUAUCUAUCUGGCACAAUUUAUCCUGUGACAGAAAAAGAGAGCAAAAACUCGAUCAAAAUAUACAGGUCCGCAAGGCUUGGAGGGCUUCGAUAAAGCGAUAUGACGCAGCCGAUGCGGCGACCAAGUCAAGAUUACGCAUAGAAAGGUCAUGGUUAUUAACACUUGUUUUCGACUUUCUCCGGCAGCUGUAUGACGCUGGAUGUAAGCCUAGUAAUAUCAGAUAUUGUGAACGCUUCGUUGAGUUAUUAGCUGAUCUUCAAAGUCAACUACCGACCAGAAGGUACGUAAAUACAAUGCUCCAGGAUCUGAAUAUUAUACCAGCCAUCAGAAACUCUCCUGUAUUUAAUCAAGAACAAAACGGACUUUUAAGAGACCUACUAGCACUUCUGAAGCACUAUACAAAUUUUCCGAUAGACGACUACACCGGAGUUCAUUAUGGUCUCGAGGGAGCAUAUGAGCGUCACUGCUCAAGUCUUGCUAUGUUGCAGAGAACAGCUUUCAGGAACUUCAGGGACAAAUUAACAGUAUUGGCAUUAUCAAAUUAUGGAUCUAUCGGAAAUCAGGAUGAGCUCCGAAGUCACGUAGAAACUCUCUCGGACGAGGAACUCGCUCAAUUGUGUGAAUUGCUUCAGAUACGGACUCAAUAUCCUGCUUCUACUGGGAUCCUGCUAAGUCGUGAAUUAUUAAUAGAGAUUCUACUUUCUGUGCAUGAAAAGCAGAAGACUUUUCAUGAAUCUGCUCAAGAACUUAGUAUCUUGCCUACUGAGAUCACAUUGUUUGAUCCAUCAUUACUGAGGAAUGAUCACUAUAAUGGUUCUCAACCUCUUGCUAUCCCAAAAUUAAACUUACAAUACCUUACCGUUGGAGACUUUCUUUCCCGGUCUCUAAUCCUUCAUCGAUGUGAAUGUUUCUACGAAAUAAGGAAGCAUAUUGAAGACACCAUAAAACAAUUACGACCCUCCGCUAGUCAAAAUGGCCAAACAAACUUUGAGGGCUCCUCAAAAAUGGCUUUACAAAUCCCAAAACCUGUUAUCUUGGAAGUCAGUCCGCCUCUCGUAGGUCAAGAUAUGCCCUCUAAAGUUUUAGCGGAGAUUAUUUUGGAUACAAGCCGUAUGAGUGAUGACACGCGAAGAGAUUGGUCUUCUCUACGAAUUGAUGAUGUAGUCUUCCUUCUUUCAGUUCAAAUUUUAGGCAAUUCCACGCCUACCGAUGUUGAAAUGACAUCUGAACCACAGCAACCAGGGCUUAGAUACUUGAGAGCGGCUGAAGUUAUUCAUGUACUUGACGAAAAAGGACGUCAAUUGAAUGACCAAAACCACGAGAAUGGAUAUUUUAGAUCACGAAUAAAAAAGUUGCAAGUGAAAUUAGAUGCCUCCGCAUACCGCGAGGACAUGGAACUCGUAUCCACUGGAAAACCAAAUAUUUACGAGUCUCUAAAUGUGAUUGUUCGAAGGCGAGGCAGGGAAAACAAUUUCAAGCCUAUCCUUGAAUCAAUACAGAAUCUCACUCUUUCGGAUGUUCCACUAGCAACAUGGCUUCACGAUAUUUUCCUCGGCUAUGGUGAUCCAAGUGGUGCAAGCUUUCGAUGUCUAGGGAAUCGAAUAAAAAAGAUAGACUACCGGGAUACUUUUCUCGAUCGGCAGCAUUUGAUCGAAUCCCUCGCGGGAAAAGCUCUCAAUAUCAGCAAUGACUUAGUCGAAGAUAUCAGGCCCCCAUAUGUUUUAGAGUUUGAAAACACUGAAACAAAAGAUCCAAUUGAACCCACAAAGAAGCGACGUCGUAUUACUAAACCUCCCCAUCAAAAUGGAGCUUUAUCUGUCCGAGUAUCAACAUAUCAGCCCAUGAAUACAGGCCCAUAUCCAACAGACUCAUCUAAACUAAAUAAGAUUCGAUUUACUCCGACCCAAGCCGAAGCUAUCAUAUCUGGAUCGCAGCCAGGACUUACGGUCAUUGUUGGCCCUCCCGGAACUGGGAAGACUGAUGUUGUAACUCAAAUUAUCAAUAUAAUCUAUCAUAAUUUUCCCGAACAGCGAACUUUACUGAUCGCGCACAGCAAUCAAGCCUUAAAUACCUUGUUUCAAAAAAUAGUCGCAUUAGAUAUUGAUCAACGCCAUCUAUUAAGACUAGGCCAUGCUGAUGACUUAGAUACAGAAUCUAAUUUUAGCAAGCACGGAAGGGUUGAAUCAUUUCUUGAUAACAGGGAAAGUUAUCUACAAGAAGUUGACCGUCUUGCAGCUAACUUUGGCGCCCCUGGUGCCCACGGUAGCUCUGCCGAAGCUGCGGGCUAUUUUAAUUUGGUUUACGUCGAGCCAGCUUGGAAAAUCUUUCAGCAACUAGCAAGCUCAGUAGAUACCUCUGCUGAGAGUCUCAUCCAAGCAUUUCCUUUCCACCACUAUUUCUCUAACGCACCCCAGCCACUGUUUCCACAGGGUUCUUGCAGAGAAACUAUCUUGAACAUCGCUAAUGGCUGCUAUUUCCAUAUCUCAAAAAUAUUUUCAGAACUCGCUGAUAUUCGACCAUUUGAAGUGUUGAGAAGAGACCGCGAUAAAGCUAAUUAUUUACUAACAAAUGAAGCGCGGAUUAUUGCCAUGACUUCUACAUAUGCAGCCAUUCGGAGGGGUGAAAUCGUAUCGCUUGGCUUUCAUUACGAUAACGUGGUUAUGGAGGAAGCAGCUCAAAUAACUGAAAUCGAAAAUUUCAUUCCUUUAGCACUACAACUUCCUAAGAAUGGAAAAAUGCCCCUUCAGCGUGUUGUCCUCUGUGGAGAUCAUUUCCAAAAUUCGCCUGUAAUUCAGAAUCUAGCUUUCCGGCAAUAUGCCAACCUCGAACAGUCUCUCUUUUACCGCCUCAUCCGUCUAGGUGUGCCAACAAUAAAUUUGGAUCAACAAGGCCGAGCUCGGCCAUCGAUUGCAUCCCUCUACUCUUGGCGCUAUCAAGAAUUGGGGAACCUGUCUUCAGUACUCGCAGCAACUGAAUUUCAAAUAGCCAAUGCUGGUUUUAAAUUUGACUAUCAAUUCAUAAAUGUAGUCGAUUACCAGGGUAGAGGAGAAUCAGAACCAUCGCCACAUCUUAUUCAAAACCAAGGUGAGGCCGAAUACGCUGUAGCCAUUUACCAGUAUAUGAGACUGCUUGGUUACCCAGCGCCAAGUAUUUCUAUACUGACCACUUAUUCUGGACAACGUGAGUUGAUAAAAGAGCUUUUGAGUAUACACUGUGCACGUAAUCCUAUAUUCAACCUUCCAAAGAUUGUUACUACCGUGGACAAAUAUCAGGGAGAACAAAAUGACUAUGUGAUACUUUCUCUCACAAGAACAUCACGGGUUGGAUACUUACGGGAUAUUCGGCGCUUAACUGUGGCACUCUCGCGCGCAAGACUCGGCUUGUACAUUCUAGGGCGACGUGAAAUAUUUGAAUCAUGCUCUGAACUUCGAAAAGCCUUUGAUAUCAUCUUUCAGAGACCUGAUAAACUUAUGCUUGUGACUGGGGAAAUGUGGCCAAGUCAAAGAAUUUUAGCUGACGAAAUUAGCUCGGUAGUAUCCGGUGAAACGGUAAUGGAGAGUGUAGAUCAAUUCACUGAGCAUGUCAAAAAUAUGAUAGAAUUUAAAACCGGACAAGAUCACUUCAGCAGUAAUUAUCUGGGAGAAUCCGGCGAUAAAGAAAAUAUAAUGAGUUAA